GCGGCGGAGGAGGAGGAGGAGGUGGCGGCGGCGGGGGUCGGUACUGGACCCGGCGGGAUGAGCGAGGCGGAGGCGACAGCGGUGGCGACAGCGGCCCCCGCGGCGACAGUGCCCGCGACGGCGGCAGGGGUGGUAGCAGUGGUGGUACCGGUGCCCGCGGGGGAGCCUCAGAAAGCAGGCGGCGGGGCGGGCGGGGGCGGAGCUGCCUCGGGCACCGCUGCUGGGACCCCCUCGGUGCCCGGCCCCCGCACUGCUGGCAACCCAGCGACGGCUGCCUCGGGGACCCCCGCACCCCCGACCCGGAGUCAGGCGGACAAGCCGGUGCUGGCAAUCCAAGUCCUGGGCACUGUCAAAUGGUUCAACGUCCGGAAUGGUUAUGGAUUCAUCAACAGGAAUGACACCAAGGAGGAUGUCUUUGUUCACCAGACAGCUAUUAAAAGAAACAACCCCAGGAAGUUUCUGCGGAGCGUUGGAGAUGGAGAGACUGUGGAAUUUGAUGUCGUGGAAGGAGAGAAGGGUGCAGAAGCUGCUAAUGUUACUGGGCCUGGGGGGGUACCAGUGAAGGGCAGCCGCUAUGCCCCAAAUCGCCGUAGGUUCCGCCGAUUUAUCCCCCGGCCUCGCCCAGCAGCCCCACCACCCAUGGUGGCAGAGGCUCCCUCAGGUGGAACAGAACCAGGCAGUGAAGGAGAGCGGGCUGAAGAUUCUGGGCAGCGGCCCAGACGUCGGCGCCCACCACCCUUCUUCUACCGACGGCGAUUUGUGCGGGGUCCUCGACCCCCAAACCAGCAGCAGCCUAUAGAGGGCACUGAUGGCGUAGAACCCAAAGAAACGGCCCCAUUGGAGGGGGACCAACAGCAGGGCGAUGAGCGGGUCCCACCCCCCAGAUUCCGGCCCAGGUACCGAAGGCCUUUCCGCCCCAGGCCACCCCAGCAGCCCACCACAGAAGGUGGGGAUGGUGAGACCAAGCCCAACCAAGGCCCCACUGAUGGUUCCAGGCCUGAGCCCCAGCGCCCAAGAAACCGCCCCUACUUCCAGCGGCGAAGGCAGCAGCCUCCUGGCCGGCAGCCCACAGUCCCUGAGACCUCAGCCCCCAUCAACAGUGGGGAUCCCCCCACCACCAUACUGGAGUGAUUCCAACUGCAAGGACACCCAGAGCUACCACCUGGUUUCUGCCAGUUUUGCCAACUGACCUGUACCCUUCCCAGCAUUCCCCUCUCCUUUCCCCAUAAUUCAUGACAUCAAAACACCAGUUUUUCCCAUUUUCCUGAGACUCAGGAGGGCCAAAACAACUGACUUGUGCUUUUUUUUUUCUGUCUCCCCUAUCAAGGGUUGAAAGGAAGGUAUCCAUCCAGAGGCACCAACACCCUCCCCUAAAUCAGGCUGAGAAGGAACCAGCCAGCUCUUACCUAUUCCUGGUUGUUUUUCUUUCCCACCCCAGUUUAUUUUUUGUUUCCCCUCUAUGCCCCACCUCUGAAGCCGUUUUAUGAACUGUUUCGUGCCACCUGAGCCUCCAGUAAAAACAAAAACAGGCUUUCCUGUUGU